AUGGACAAGACUAAUUAUCCGGGCUACGAAGAGCUAUCAGAGAUCUCCUUCGCAGAGGUAGAACGACUUACGAAAGCUCGGCUCCCCUUGAUCAUCCCAUGGCACCCCAAGCAGAUGGUUCCUCUAGGCACCUUCUUUCACUCGACCAAAAAGUCCGAAGAAUAUCCCUGGGCGAAGAACUCCCCAUUCGACCCGAGCUCCUUAGCCAGGACUGCGAUGAUCGUUGGCAGGGACUACGGAAGUCAGAGCACGUUCAAGUCGAGGUCGACGAGUAGAUCGACACAGACCGUCGACCAUCUGGAGCUAGGCUUCGGAGUCGGCGUGGGACUUCCUUUCCUCGCGAGCGUGACGGUUCAUGGCGAUUACUGUAAAGACGUUCAGGAGAACAAAGACGUUCGUCGAACAAGCUGUCAUGAUGGAAUUCAACUGACUCGUGUUCAGAGUAACAAGACAUCCAUCAACUUCAGCACCCGAGCAGGCUCGGUUUUCUUCGAGAGGCAACCUCGUCUAUCCUAUGAUGCAAUCGGCACGAUCAAGUAUUUCGGCGGUCUCGAGGCAUUCCACGAAAAGUACGGAGACUACUAUUUGGCGGGGUAUCGUCUUGGAGGCGACACUGGGAUCCUCGUCAGUGGGUCAAACUCCUUCAGGAAACAACUGGAGAAGUUUGGGAUCACGGUCACGGUGGAAGUCCUUUUCGUCGAAGCAAGUGUCACGCAUACCAAAGACGUUCUUACCACCUCUGCUGGUAGUGAAGUCAAGGUCAUCGGAUAUGACACUCUGGGCUACACUCGGUACAAUUCCAGUGCUGAGAAUGAUCGAUCGUCUGUGGCAGACGUGCGCAACCAAGCAGAGGACUAUGUCGAGGAGGCACGAAAUCUGGAUCUCAGAGUAAGCGAUAAGCUGGACGAACUCGAGAUACGAGACGGCGAUGUUGUCGACGAAUCCGUGUGUCGAGAAUUGGUCGAAGCUGGCUUAGUUGUGGAACUCAUGCUGCUGCCGGCCAUCACGCUACGAGACGUGCAGAAUUGGGUGAUUGAAGACGAUGUGAUCUAG